GAAUGUUUUUAUAGAUAUUACCGUCACGUUUAGUCUUAUUGAAUAUUGUAAGAAAUUUCAAAUCGCUGAUAUUUGCGGUUGAAGUAAAGACAAACAUCAACAGAACUGGAAGAUUACGAGACGAAAGAAUUGAAGAAUGGAUGUCGCGAAAAACACACGAACCAAGAAACGAUCCGUGCAAGAGGCCAUCGUUGCUGCUUUAGUAAUAUUUUCCGUUUUUGUUACCAACAUAUUAGUAUUUGGUUUCACUGCUGUUCUACCAAUUUACCUCGUAGAAUUCAAGAAGGUUUUUUCGGAAUUACAUGACCUGGUACUUCUGGUGAUAUUUUUACCCGCCGGUGUAUUUGGUAUUGUUGGUUUCAUGACUGGAAUUUUUCUCUCUAAAUUUGGCGUAAGAACCACUGGCAUCGUGGGAAGCCUAUGUCUUACCCUUUCUAUUGGCGCUCCAUCGUUCUCUUCGAGUAUUUAUGUUUUAUUGGGAUGUUUCAGUCUUUUACCAGGAAUUGGUUGUUCUACUCUCAGUCUAUCAGCAAAUGCUGGAUUAGCAGCUUAUUUCGGUGAAGACAGUCGAAAAUUCAUUGCUUUUACUACAGUCGGAAAAGCUCUUGGAUUUAUAAUUUUCCCAAUCCUUACCAAUUACUUCAUUGAACUCAUGUUCUGGCGUGGAAGUCUUCUUCUCCUGGCUGCUACUUUCAUACAAACUCUGCCAUGUGCUCUCAUAUAUUCUACGGAUAUGUAUAAAAACACGCGGAGAGAAACUUUGGCAGUAAGUGAAAGUAACGCGCCGAAAGAUUUGUAUAAGUCGGAUUCAAACGUUUCUGUAGAACAAUUUCAAAAUGUUGGUUACGUUCAGGAUGAAACGAUAUCGAACAAACUGGAAAUAUCUGAAGAGAAUAAUACAGCCUUGAAUCAUAACGAAGACAUCAAUUUAAAUGGGUCUGUUAUUAAGGCCUUAAAAUAUGACAACGAACCAUUUGUUAUAAAUAAUACACAACCUGGCAAAGAAGAUACCUUGGAUAUCGAAGAGACAGCUAUAAAUUCUAUAAAAUCUGAGGACAAGGAGACUGAUGUUCGAAGUGACGAGGUUCAAACGGAAGGAAAAUCUGAUUCGAAAUUUUCUGCAAGACUUAUUACAGGUUUAACAAAUUUCAGUUUCCUUGUAUUCCUUUUCGCAAUUUUUAUAGUUUACGGUUGUGUCGUGACAUCAUCGUCAAUCUUACCGGAUUACUGCGUAAAGCAAGGGCUGAGUCCAGCAGAAAGUGCCCGUGUAUUUUCAGUGGGAUCGUUCGGGUAUGUCCUGGCAUGUUUUGUCAGUAGUUGGUUGAUACAUAAAAACAUUCUCCCAAGCAGGAUUAUAUUCAGUAUUUCGGCCAUCAUAAGCGGAUUACUGAUCUGUGUUUAUCCUUCGUUGUUCACUGCAACAUAUUUGACUUUGCUAACAUUUAUUAUCAUGUUCACAACUGGUCUAAUGUUCGCUGUAUAUUUUGUAACUGUUAUGGAUUACCUCGACAUCGAAUGCUUUUCGAUUGGUAUGGGCUUUUCAGAGACAGCAGUUGGAAUUGGUAUUUUAGCUGGUGGAUACCUUAUAGGAAUCUUCUCAGAGUACAUGAACACUUACGAAUACAGCUACUAUGUGAUCGGGAUCGGACCAAUUCUUUCGGUUCAACCCAUUUUAAUUCCAUUCUUAUUUAGCAAACUACUAACUAGGCAAACACUCACAUAUUCUGUGAAUAAUGUCGAGAAUAAAUGAUGAAGAAUGGCCAAAUUCCAAAGAACGAUAUUUCAAAACCAUUUAAAAAGAACUUUGUUUUUAUUUCCUUCCAGAAUAUGAUCCUGGAAGCUUCACACUUGAAAAUCAUGU